CUUACGGGCGCUGGCUGGGCGCGAGCGGACUCCGCGCGCUCCGGAACGCUCGUGCGUAAAGCGACCUCGAGUCAUUUUUCGCCCGUUUGCGUGAAAAAGGAGGUAAAAACACGCUUUGCGUCAUUUUACACUAGAAAAAAAAAACUUUAUUUUCCUGCCUUCGCGCUUUUUAUCUGCAGAAAAAUUCAUAUUUACUGCAAUGUAUAUCAGAAAAAGCCACAGCAGGUCACUUUUCGACCCUUGCCUCUCUUAAAGCAAAGGCAUCUAACUCUCUGCGGCCUUUUGCGCGUGAAAAAGUGAGGAAAACUCACAUUUUUAACCGUUUUACACCAGAAAAAAGCAGCAACAUUUGAAUUUGCAUGCCUUUAAAGCAAAGAAACCCCGUUUAUUGGCGUUUGGAGCGAGGAAAAUACACGUUCUGCUGCAGUUUUCACUGGAAAAAGCAACAACAGUCCAGUUUUUCAAACUUCUGCACUUCAUGCAGCAAAGCAGCUUGUCUUUUUCUGCCAUUUUUUGCUCCAGAUGAAGCCUUUUUGCUGCUUUUUGCACCAAAACCAAACGAGGACAGUACAACCUUCGCCACACUGAGCGGUGGAAAUUUCACUGUUUCUGCAUUUUCACUACACUGAGCGACGAAACCCCUCUUCACAGUAGAUACAGGCUCCAGGCAUGACCACCAGAGUGGCCUCAGUUGCCCGGAUGUGGCUCCCAGCCAUCCAGCACCCUUCGUCCAGACUGGCACACCCAGACAACAUUUCGGUCAGCGGCUGCAGCACCCUGGCUCCGUCCACCCCUCUGUCGCUGGUCAGUGGGAGCCUGGAUUCUCCGUUCCGGAGCCAGAGCGUGGUGAGGGACUUCCGUUUUGGGCCGGAGAAGGGUCCCGCGGCGCGUGACGACCAGGGCCACAUGCAGGGGACAGAGUUGCCCAUGCUGGGUCAGAAGGGGGCAGCAGAGGGUCGUGCUGUGAGUCGAGUCUCAGCCAGCACAUCGUCCAUCGUUACUGAAGCACAGCUAAAAGGACAAGUAGAUCAGCUGGAGGACAGUUUAAAGGAGCGGAUUCAGAGCACAGGAGCCCUCACACUCAAAACAAUGUUCAAACAUAACCAUCCUGAAGGCAAACCCGUGGCCAACAGAUCCGUGGUGCUUUUGAUUCUCACCAAAUUCCUGAGACAACUCAUCACAGCCAAGCAGCUCAAACUCCUUCUGCAGCGUCUGCAGCUGUCUGACAGAGCUCUCAUUUCAUUUGAUGAGUUAUACAAUGCUCUAAGAGGCCCUGACUCGUUCACCACACUGAGCCUCCCAAUGACCUUGAUGCUGCUCCGUGGAGCCACUCGCAACAGAUUUCUUGAGUGUGUGGAAAACCUCACAGAUAAAGAGUCGCUCAGCCAGAGUUGGAUAUCUGCCUCCCAACUGAGGGACCUUCUGGAUAAACUGAAGCUUCGUCUGCGCAACUCUGAAUUUGAGCAGUUAUGGAAACGGUUGGACACAAAUGGAAUUGGAGCUGUGAAACUCACUGUACUACUGCAGAAACUCGGACUGGAUAAGAGAAGCAACCUACACACAUCAAACAAGAACAACCAGUGCUCCUCACCGUCCAAAGCUCAGGACAACUGCCUCCCAGAUAUGCCACCCUCAACGGUGGAAGAGGAGCGUCAGGCAUCCAUUGCUAUGGAAACGUGGCUGAAGGACAGGUUCAGGGCAGGUGUUCAGAGGAUGAAGGCAGAGUUUGAUAAGCGGGACCCAGAUGGAUGUGGAAAGGUGAGCGGUGAAGAUUUCCUACAGGUGCUUGCAACGUUUGACCUGCAGCUGAAGAGAGAGCACCUGGGGCUCUUCCUCUCCCGCUGUGGUGUGGAGCUCCGGAAGGGCGGUGUGGACUACACACGUUUCCUCCGCAAAUUUCAGGACCGAAGCCAAGAUGGCAUCACGCACAGGAUCAUCUCCAACCCCCAACACCGGUUUCAUUCCAUGGAAGACAUCCGUCACGGUUCCUCUGUGACUGAAGUAGAGGCCAGACUCACUCACCUCUUGCACGCUGAGUAUCUCUCUCUCUUAGAAACCUUUCAGAAGAUUGAUAAGCUCAAUAAGGGGAUCAUUAGUCAAGAGGAGUUCAGGGCAGCUGUGGAGCACAGGUUUGGACUGGUGAUUUCCGACGGAGAGUUUGAACAGCUGGUGGACAGGCUGCCCCUCGACCGUCUCGGAAAUGUGCAGUACGGCGUUUUUAUGGCAGCAUUUGACACAAGAAAAGGAGUGCCUAGUCUCUUUGAAGCUGGCAAGACUGCUGGACGUCCUGAUUUCUCAGAGCAAGGCCCAGAUGAGGAAGAGGAGAAAAACAUGGUGGGAAAAGAUCGGAGUGUCAGUGAGCUGUCCAGGCUGAUCAGGGGGAUUGUAGCCCAGCAGUACAGAGACGUGGUGAGAGAGUUUGAGGAGCUGGAUGAGAAAAACACCAGAAGACUCACUCAGGAGGACAUGUACCAACUGCUCAGGAGGUUCCCUGUGCAGCCUGAGAUAACCCGCGGCGAGGUCCGGCGCUUAUGGUCGUCGCUGCUCACCAGGCAGGACGGCACGGUAGAAUUUGAGCACUUUGUCCGGCAUUUUGGCCCCUCCCCCACUUCCCGUCGUUACCCCAAUGCCAAGCGCUGCCCACCGAAACGCGGAGACAACGACCUCAUGCGCCUCUCCAACAAGCUCAGCUAUGUGUCCGAUAUCCUGGUGGAUGCUCUCCGGGCCAAGGUGGAGCUCUCAGUAGCAGAGCUAUGGGCUGAAUUCUCCAGUAUGGAUGUGUCUGGUACUGGUUUUGUGAGUCAUGAAGAGUUUAAAGAAGUCCUAAUGAGUCUCUGUGCCCAUCUCAGCCAGUAUGAAUGUGAGGUACUGGCUAACAAGUUCGACAUGAACCAUGAUGGCAGAGUAUCCUACAGAGAGUUCCUUAGGCCGUUUGCUUUCCAAGAACAAGCAUGUAGGAGUGGUGUCAACAUGGCUGCUGCUCUGCAGUCACACAGAGAGGCUGGUGAUUUGCCGAGGAAUGUGGAAACGUUUUCUAUAGAAGCCCUGAGUACCAGGAUCAGGAAGAAGCUCAACAGAAAGAAGAGGGCUGUCCGUAAAGCCUGCUUGCGACUGGAUGUCUCCAGUUCUGGCCACCUUUCUUCAGCAGAGCUGGCCGCAGUCCUGCAGCUGUGUGGAGUGUGUGACAGUCCAGAGGAGCUCGGGAGUGUGUUCUCAGUACUUACCACAGACCCGACAGGACGUCUGGACUACCGUCCACUGCUUCUCAUGACGGCUCAUAAUGACCAGCAACACAUACUACACCAGGCCAGCCACAGAAGCAUGUAGAGCUCCGAGGCAUUAUUCAAAACCUCUUUAUGCCCUUAAAUAGCCAGAAACUACCAGCUUCAUUCAUCACGCCGAUAACUUAACAACUUCGUUUGCAUUGCUUUCCUUUUUCCUGAAUUACUGAAUAAUAAGCCGUAAGAUGAAUUUAAGGAGUUAAGCGACUAAUUUGCUCUGUGUUGCAGAAUUUAUAUAUGGAUCUACAUUCAUUGUCCAUCUUAUCAGCUCAGCUUACUGUACAGCUGCACUUUGUAGCUCUACAGUUACAGACUGUAGUCCAUCUGUUUCUCUGAUACUUUGUU